AACACCCAAAGAAACCGAAGAUUACAGAGUUGGAACAACAAGCUCAGGAGAACCAAUCUUAAUCCGUUGGCGGCAUCCUCCAAGGUCGCAAGAGGCUAUAGAAACGAAAAACCUAAAGCCGAGACGAUCUAGCAAGCUUAUCGGCCACAGCGUUGCCUGCGCCUCGCUCAUAAUCGUGGUAGCCUGCAUUGAAGUGUUCGAAUCAUUGUUGAGAGGGCAGAGAUGGCUGUCAACUGAAUUGUUCACAUCUAAUUCAAACUGCCCGCUGAUAUCGUUUUGUUGAGCUCUUCCCAAUUCUCUAUUUCAUCGAUCCAGAUACUUGAUUCUUCCCAAUUCAAUUCCUUAAACACUACUCCGCCACGUACAACGUUGCCUUUCUCGAAAGGCGUCGACUUUGUUUGAUUCCGACGUUAUCGCUCUGCUGCUUGGUUUUCUUGUUCUUGAAUUCGAACACGGAUUUGGAGUUGAGGAGCAAUGGCUAUUGCGGCCCCUGGGCAGCUGAACCUUAAUGAGUACCCUUCAUGGGGAUCCAGAAGUGUUGAUUGCUUCGAAAAGUUGGAGCAGAUUGGCGAGGGAACUUAUGGCCAAGUUUACAUGGCUAGAGAAAUCAGAACAGGUGAAAUUGUUGCUUUGAAGAAAAUAAGAAUGGACAAUGAGAGAGAGGGGUUUCCUAUAACUGCUAUUCGUGAAAUCAAAAUUCUGAAGAAAUUACACCAUGAAAAUGUUAUUAAGUUGAAAGAGAUUGUGACAUCGCCAGGCCCUGAGAAAGACGAGCAAGGGAAGCCAGAUGGUAACAAAUAUAAAGGUGGUAUCUAUAUGGUGUUUGAAUACAUGGACCAUGACUUGACUGGUCUUGCAGAUCGACCUGGCAUGAGAUUUACAGUUCCCCAAAUCAAGUGUUACAUGAGACAGCUUUUGACGGGGCUUCAUUAUUGCCAUGUGAAUCAAGUACUUCAUCGUGAUAUAAAAGGCUCCAAUCUUCUUAUAGACAAUGAAGGCAAUCUGAAGCUUGCAGAUUUUGGACUCGCACGAUCAUUUUCUAAUGACCACAAUGCAAAUCUUACAAAUCGUGUGAUCACAUUAUGGUAUAGACCCCCAGAGCUGCUGCUAGGAACAACAAAGUAUGGACCUGCUGUUGAUAUGUGGUCUGUUGGAUGUAUCUUUGCCGAACUUCUUCAUGGAAAGCCUAUCUUUCCUGGAAAAGAUGAGCCAGAACAACUAAACAAAAUUUUUGAGCUUUGUGGAGCGCCAGAUGAAGUGAACUGGCCUGGGGUUUCAAAGUGUCCAUGGUACAAUCAGUUUAAACCAACAAGACCAAUGAAAAGACGUCUGAGGGAAGUCUUCAGACAUUUUGAUCGUCAUGCUUUAGAAUUGUUGGAGAGGAUGCUGACACUUGAUCCUGCUCAGAGAAUUACGGCUAAGGAUGCACUUGAUGCUGAGUAUUUCUGGACUGAUCCAUUGCCAUGUGAUCCUAAGAGUUUACCCAAAUAUGAGUCAUCACAUGAGUUUCAGACAAAGAAAAAGCGGCAGCAACAACGACAACAUGAAGAAAAUGCCAAGCGUCAGAAACUGCAGCACCCUCAGCAACACACUCGGCUUCCCCCCAUCCAGCAGCCAGGGCAACCUCAUGCCCAAAUGCGGCCAGGUCCAAACCCAAAUAUGCAUAGCUCUCAGCCCGCGGUAGCUGGAGGCCCUAGCCAUCAUUACGGGAAACCUCGAGGCCCCUCUGGUGGGCCCGGUAGAUAUCCCCCUGGUGGGAACCCUGGUGGCGGAUACAACCACCCAAACCGUGGAGGUCAAGGUGGAGGUGGUGGUUAUGGCAAUGGGCCAUAUCCUCCUCAAGGCCGAGGAGCACCUUAUGGGUCAAGUGGUAUGCCUGGUGCUGGUCCUCGUGGUGGAGGCGGUGGUGGUUAUGGAGUUGGAGGCCCUAAUUAUCCCCAAGGUGGUCCAUACAGCGGCUCAGGAGCCGGCCGUGGUUCGAACAUGAUGGGUGGAAACCGAAAUCAGCAGUAUGGUUGGCAGCAGUAAAACCGUGAAAGCAUUUCUUAUGACACUCGUUCCCAUGAUGCCAUGUUAAGUAGUAAUAGAAGAUUGGACAUAUCAUUGGUUGGAGUUAUGAAUUACUGAAGAAAUUUGAUAACAUUAUUCAAUGAGGAGUAACCUGGAAGCCAAGGUGAGAUGAUGCACUUGUGCAGUGAUUACUUACCGUGUCAAUCAUGGAACCUUUACUAAUGAGAGAACCUCUCAAUAAUUUUGUAGUUUUUUCCCUUCUACCUUUUUUCAUUUUUCAAUUUUUGUGCCGAAGGUCCUUUGCAGUAUGCCAUUAUCUAUAAUGUAAUCAAGAUGCGCUUUCGCACUGUAGAAAGUCUUGAGAAGAUACCACCUUUUAUUGUGUGUUAUGACAAGUUUUUCUUCGAUA